CGUGGGGGCAGCGGCCCGAAACCUGCCCUAUUGGCUCUACCUAACCACGCAUAGUACUGCUGCUACGUAUAUAAGCCGGCCUGCGCAGUGCCUUGGCACGGCCUUGGUUCCACCAUCCGCAACGGCUAUCGAAGUCUUGGAGUCUUGGUCUUGUCAAUCUUGCAUCUUGGACACAUUACGAUGGUGUUCGGCUUCCGCAAGCGGGCACAGGGCCCUGUCGAAAUGACAACCGAGGCCAGCCCACCGCGCACGGAGUCGGAGGGAACCCCGAUCAAGUCCGAGACGGCCCACGCGACGGGCGCUGACGGCGACGUUGUGACCGUCGACACCGGUGUGGACCAACUGAAGAAGUUUCAGAAGACGCAUCAGUGGGAUUUCAAUUUGGACUACGACCAGAUUGACACUGUCAACACGGUCAUCAACAAUGAUGAUAGCGAGAAGGCGGCCAAUUUCGAGCACACGUUGCUCGAGGAAGACUCGCCCUACUUUGAGGUCCGCUCCUCUGUUCGCAACUAUGAUGAGCGAAUGCCUGCCAACACCAUCCGAGCUUGGUUCAUCGGCAUGGUGGCCACCACCAUCGUCUCGGCUGUCAACCUGCUGUUCUCCCUCCGCAACCCGUCCAUCAACAUUGCCGUUUAUGUCAUUCAACUUCUGGCAUAUCCCGUUGGGUGCUUUUUCGCCCGGACCCUUCCCAACCAUCAGUUCAACACCUUUGGCCUCAAAUGGAACCUCAACCCGGGACCGUUCAACAUCAAGGAGCACGCAGUCAUUGUCAUGAUGGCCAACGUGUCACUCCAAGGCGGUGUCGCGUACGCCACCGACGUUCUCUUGGCCCAGGAAAUCAUGUACAAGCAAAAGUUUGGCUGGGGAUUCCAGAUGCUUCUUGUCAUCACUACCCAAUGCUUGGGUUUCGGCAUGGCUGGAAUCGUGCGGCGCUUCUUGAUUUGGCCGGCUGCUAUGAUCUGGCCCCAAACGUUGGCUAACACGGCACUGAUGUAUGCUCUGCAUGACCACAAACCCUCGGAUCCUAGAGAUACCAACGGCUGGUCCAUCGGAAGAUACCGAUACUUCCUCUUCGUCUUGUUGGGUAGCUUCACCUGGUAUUGGUUUCCCGGUUGGAUUGCGACUGGUCUCAGCUAUUUUGACUGGAUUGUCUGGAUCGCACCCACUAAUGUCAUCGUCAACCAGAUAUUCGGCAACCAGACGGGCUUUGGUCUCAUCCCCAUCACCUUCGACUGGACGCUUAUGACUGCUUUUGUUGGCAGCCCGCUUCCCUACCCAUUGUUCUCCAUUGUCAACACCCUUAUCGGAGUCGUCAUCUUCUUCUUGAUUGGCGGACUGGGGGUCAAAUACACCGGAGCUUGGUCAUCGGACUACCUCCCGAUCGCCAGCACUGGCUCUUUCGACAACACGGGUAAGGCGUACAAUGUGUCGCGCAUCGUGACACCGGAGUUGACUCUCGAUGUCGCGGGAUACAAGGCUUACUCUCCGUUGUUCUUGGCAACUUUCUUUACACUUUGCUAUGGUGUUUCGUUCGGUUCGUUGUCUGCGAUCGUCGUCCAUACCAUUAUAUUCCACGGCAAGGAGAUCGUUGAGCGUGCGAGGCUGGCACGAAACCAGGAUGCCGAUGUCCACUUGAAGAUGAUGAAGAAGUAUGAGGAUACACCUAACUGGUGGUACUACUCUCUGUUCAUUGUUCUCUUUGCCCUCUCUCUGGUCACAGUUCUCCACUGGGACACCCACCUCACAUGGUGGGCCAUGAUUGUUGCAAUGCUGUUGGCAAUUGUGUUCCUUAUACCGAUCGGAAUGAUACAAGGAAUUACAAACACCCAGAUUGGCCUGAACGUUUUGACCGAAUUCAUCGUCGGUUAUAUGCUGCCCGGGAAACCUCUAGCCAUGAUGCUUUUCAAGACCUAUGGCUACAUUACGAUGUCUCAAGCUCUGUACUUCUUGCAAGACAUGAAGCUUGGCCACUAUCUUAAAGUACCUCCUCGGGUCACCUUCUUUGCGCAGGUUGCCGCAUGCUUGUGGGCAUCCAUUGUCCAAAUCGCCGUUUAUAACUGGGCCAUGGGCAACAUUGAGGAUAUCUGCGAUCCGGAGCAACCUGACGGUUACACGUGUCCGGGCGCAACCGUUUUCUUCACCGCAUCUGUCAUAUGGGGUCUUAUAGGCCCAGCACGCAUUUUCGGCGCUGGUGCCAUGUACUCUGCAUUGCAGUGGUUCUGGCUCUUCGGCGCUGUGUUGCCUAUUAUCACGUAUUUCGCAGCCAAGAGAUGGCCUAGCAGCCCCAUCCGAUACUUGCACUGGCCUAUCAUCUUUGGUGGAACCGGAUUGAUUCCUCCGGCCACCACUUAUAUUUACUUAUGCUGGGCGUCCAUUGGAAUCUUCUUCAAUGGCUUCAUUAAGCGAAGAUUCAAGGGAUGGUGGGGCAAGUACAACUACGUCACCUCGGCCGGCCUUGACACCGGUCUUUAUUUGUCGACCAUAAUCAUCUUCUUCGCCCUCGUCCUGCCGCAGAAGGUCAACCCCCCUCAGUGGUUUAUGAACCCGCCCGCCGACGGUAACCCCAACAUUACCAACGCCUUCAACAACCUUGAUUCAAACGGCGCUGCUAUCAAGUUGACCGUUGCCGACGGAGAGACUUUCGGACCCCCCCCUGGCUCGUGGUAAACCUGUGACGAGAGAAUCUCGUGUUGGGAAUUAAUGUUGUGGGAGGGAAUAUGGUUUAGCACAUGUUUGAUACCAUAUUUCUCUCGUAAGUACAGAAGGAGACGGCGGCAACGUGAAACAUUCUUUUACCAGACUGUUGAGAUGUGACUAGCUCUAUUCUUACGACGCCAGCAGCUUGAUUAACUAGUCCAAGUGCGAUCUGACAUUGCUUCUGCUCUCAUAUCUCCAUUGAAGUUCUAACUAGGAUUUAUUGGCUGUGGAUACUACUUCCCUGCUGCUUUAAGACAUGUAACGGUUUCUAGUUUGGAUUUGCCUUCAAUGAGCAAGGUUUCUGAAUACGUAAAACCUGUUAGACGAGUGAGAAACGUGGAUAAAUGAGAUUUGUAAAUAAGAAAGGCCUAUAAUGACAGUAAAUUGAAUCUUCUCAUACAAAUAAG